AGGUACAGGUUAGUGGAGGUGGAAACGUUAGGUCCCUGGGUCCCCAGGGCCGCCACCGCGGCAGAGUCCUACCCACUCCCUGCAGGACUCUGUAGCCCGGCGUCCUCCGCCCCACACCCGCCUUCGGUCGGCCGGCCCUUGCCGCGCCUUAGCCCGGCCUGUCCCCACCUAGUCUCCACCUAAUCAGUCCUAGGCCCGGAUCGAGCGCCGGAGCCCGUCCCCAGUUUACCUCACAGCAGCCCACUCUCCUCGCUUCAGGCCUGAGGAUCGCCCCCACCCCCCGCCCUGGGUGCGCCCUGGCCCACCUUCCAAUGCAGGUCACCCCUUGUAUUUCUGGGAUCCAGCCCCAGGCUGGCCUGGGAACCUGCUCCGUUGGGAUCUGAGGGGCCUACUGCAGUAGUUACAGCUCUGGCCUGAGCGUGUGGGCAUCAGGGUUCUAGUUCUGGCUCUGCCGACGAGCCGCUGUGACAUUAGUCUAGCCUCUUUCUGUCCGUGGGCCUGUUUCCCUAAGUGAGCUGCUGCUCCACUCCGUGAGUUAGAGCGCCUCAGUUCCCUUCACUCUGCUGGCCCGCACAGAAACAGCUGACUCUUUCUCUGCUGACAAAUUUUACGUAGAGUUUGAGAAAGAAGAAACUGAGGGCAGAGAGGGAAGUGAGGAGAAUCAGAUCCCAGAUCUUUGGGGAGAAGGAGCUGUAAGGAGCAGCUGUCCCUCCACCAAAGCCGGAGAGGUGGAAAGAGCAGGUUGAGGAGAGCCAGAGCCCACAGGCCUCCUAGGAUAACAGCCCCAAACAGGCUGGUGGCACCCUCCAGCUGAAGGUGUUCUCUCAGCUCCCCAGGGCAUGUGGUCGUGAGACAGAACCCACAGACCCUGCAGGAACAGGACUCCCAGGGCCAUGGCCCAGGUCAGCAUCAACAGUGACCUUGGCGAGUGGGGCUUAAGCACAGACUCCGGGGAGCGUGCCCGUCUGCUGCAGAGUCCCUCUGUGGACAUAGCCCCCAAGAGUGAGGGGGAGGCCCCUCCUGGGGGUCUGGGCAGAGGCACCACUUCCACACUUGGAGCCAUCUUCAUCGUUGUCAAUGCCUGCCUGGGCGCAGGGCUGCUCAACUUCCCAGCAGCCUUCAGCACUGCCGGGGGAGUGGCAGCUGGCAUCACGCUGCAGAUGGCCAUGCUGGUUUUCAUCAUCAGUGGCCUCGUCAUCCUGGCCUACUGCUCCCAGGCCAGCAAUGAGAGGACCUACCAGGAGGUGGUGUGGGCUGUGUGUGGCAAGCUGACAGGCGUGCUGUGUGAGGUGGCCAUUGCCACCUACACCUUCGGGACCUGCAUCGCCUUCCUCAUCAUCAUCGGGGACCAGCAGGACAAGAUUAUAGCUGUGAUGGCAAAGGAGCCUGAGGGGGCCGGCGGCAGCCCCUGGUACACAGACCGCAAGUUCACCAUCAGCCUCACUGCCUUCCUCUUCAUCCUGCCCCUUUCCAUCCCCAGGGAGAUCGGCUUCCAGAAAUAUGCCAGCUUCCUGAGCGUCGUGGGCACCUGGUAUGUCACUGCCAUCGUUAUCAUCAAAUACAUCUGGCCUGAUAAAGAGAUGACCCCAGCGGACAUCCUGAACAGGCCAGCUUCCUGGAUAGCCGUGUUCAAUGCCAUGCCCACCAUCUGCUUCGGAUUUCAGUGCCACGUGAGCAGUGUUCCCGUCUUCAACAGCAUGCGGCGGCCUGAGGUGAAGACCUGGGGUGGGGUGGUGACGGCCGCCAUGGUCAUAGCCCUCGCUGUCUACAUGGGCACAGGCAUCUGUGGCUUCCUGACCUUCGGAGCUGCUGUGGACCCCGAUGUGCUCCUGUCCUACCCGUCGGAGGACAUGGCUGUGGCCGUCGCCCGUGCCUUCAUCAUCCUGAGCGUGCUAACCUCCUACCCUAUCCUGCACUUCUGUGGGCGGGCGGUGGUCGAAGGCCUGUGGCUGCGCUACCAGGGGAUGCCGGUGGAGGAGGACGUGGGGCGGGAGCGGCGGCGGCGAGUACUGCAGACGCUGGUCUGGUUCCUGCUUACCCUGCUGCUGGCGCUCUUCAUCCCUGACAUCGGCAAGGUCAUCUCGGUCAUUGGAGGGCUGGCCGCCUGCUUCAUCUUCGUCUUCCCAGGGCUGUGCCUCAUUCAAGCCAAACUCUCUGAGAUGGAGGAAGUCAAGCCAGCCAGCUGGUGGGCGAUGGUCAGUUACGGAGUCCUCUUGGUCACCCUGGGAGCCUUCAUCUUCGGCCAGACUACAGCCAACGCCAUUUUUGUGGAUCUCUUGGCAUAACCAGUGCCUCCCAGGGAAUUCUUGGCCUUUGCCAUUGGACCCUGGAACCCAUCUCGUAGAGCUUCAGGACCACCCUGAGUCCGGCAUCAUUCCCCUCUACUGGUGGGAUGACAUCUGGACAUCCUUUUCCAGGGACAGUUCUGGGGUGAAAUCAGGCCCCACAACCCUGGACAGUUCAAACCCAGCUCCCUUCCUGCCCCCGCAUCCUGGCAGUGCCAUGGAUGGUAGGAGGAGGUCUCGUGUCACAGAAGAACCUUCCCCCCUCUUCCACCUCUCAAUUUCUCCAUGCCUGGAAGCCACGGGUGAAGAGAGUCGGUAGGUCUCCGAAGGAACAACUCAGCCUGACUUCCCUCUGGAGAAAGAGUGUGGACCAAGGGCUGCCAUCCUCCACAGAGAAGCCUGCCCUGGGUAGGGGCUGUGCUCAUUACCCCGGGGCUCAGUGCCUGCUCCAGUCUGUCGGCAGCCCAGCCAGCAGUGGCUUCCUCCGGCAAGUUCCAAAGGUAGCACUGAAAUCGUACAGGUGCCCCGAGGCAGGCAGAUGGAUGCCUUGUCCACUGCUCCUGGGCCUGUGGUGAGCCUGAGAGCCCUCUUGCCCAUGGCUGGUUGACAUUUCCCAAGCCUUUUGGGGCCUCACCCUGUCUUCUUACCCAGACCUGAUGGUCCAGGCAUCCCUCUGCUCCUCCAUCCCCAGACAUCACCAAGUCUAAUGUUUACAAACGGUGCCAGCCCGGCUCUGAGCCAGGGGCCAGGGGCCGUCCCGUGCCACGGUGCUGUGAGUACUCCUCCCUUAACUUUCCCCAAGGCCGGAGUGUGCUUUUCUCUCUCAGAUUCCUGAUGGGUCCCUCUUUUCAGAGGCACAAGGUGGGGUGAGGGAGCAAGCUGGGAACCCCAUGCAGGCUGGGCUGGUGAGGAUCAAGGUGAACCUGUCUGGCGUCUUCACUUUGAAUGGCUGCUUCUCUUCUCCCUGCCCUGCACGUCUCCCCUUCCCUGCCAACCCAGCCUGGUACCCUGGAGACAAGAAAGGCAGCUGGGUGGCCACUGACUAGGCAACAUCUGAGUGUAGUCACGCCAGCCUACAAGUUUCCCUUCCAGUCUGGAUCUCGUCUGCUCCUGUCCCCCAUCACCUCUUCGCCACCACCCCAUUUUUCUAUGUAGCUCAGUCUCUCCUGUUCACAUAAGUAUGGGGGUGGGGGUGGACCAAAUCCUCUCUCGUCCACUUCCUCAGCUCCACAGGUCUACCAGGCCUGGCCUCGGCGGCCUGUCGAUCACACUGAGGUCACACCUACGUUGUGCCCCAGGCGGGGUGAGGAAGGAUAUUUUCCCCUUUCAUAUCUUGAACACCUUGGCCACUCACUUAGGCCAAGCCUAGGCACCGAAUCAGGCUUCCUCUGCCUGGAACACCUAGCGUUCUCCCUGGCCCCUCCUGCCUAAAACCUCUGAAUGCAGUGGUGGGGUGAGAGGGAUCCCUGCCCUCAGGACAGUGAGACAGAAGACGCAGAGCCUUGCUGGGGCCAAACAGGCUUCCGCUCAGACCCCCGGACUGGGUGACCUGCCUUUCCUCACGUUCCCUGGGGGCCAGACCCACGUGGCCGUUUUCUGUCCGCCUGCUGCACAGCACCAGGCCCUGCCAGUGCCCACCCCAGAUACGGUCAGGAGGAUGGCCCAUCAGCAGCAGGGCUGCACUGCCUCCUAAUGUUGGAUUUCAGUGAGGGCUGGGGGCAUGUACGGGGAAAAUGAGCUGGAAUCUGGCCUAACCUCAGGAGCACCUUCCCCUGCCCUCUCUGCCAGGGCAUUUUACUGUUUCUUUUCUACUUCUGCACAUUCAGACCAGGGAGGAUGGUUAAUAAAAAGGGACUUGUGCUGCUGA